UCUUUCCUCUAGAGAAAUAGAAAACUACAAGACUUCUACCCCUCCUAUUUGUCUCUCCGGGACCCCGUUCUCCCUCCUUCCUCUUAUUCAAAUCCCUCCACCAUCGCCUUCGUUCCCACCGCACCUGUCCACCCCCGCUCCAUGUCUCUCUGAGAUGCCCAGUUGUUGUUAAUGGUGAUGUUGGUGUAGAAUUUGUUUCACUGCUUGUGAUGUUUCCCACUGGGAGAAGAGUACAGGAAGGCAGUGAGAGUGUGGAGACAAUUGGAAGGAAGAACAUGGUCAAGGCUUCGCCAUGUCUUGUGGUCCUUAUUUUUCUGGGGUUUUUCUUGGCAACUUACAACCUUGUGGCAAUGGUCAUCCACAACCAGAGAGGGGAAUCAUCCAGAGAUUUAAUUCAAAAGAGAUCCCAGGAUCCUGUCGUUCCGAUGCCCGACAAGUUGAAGGAAUCGGCGGUACCCAAGCGGCCAUUCCAUGUGGCUGUCACAGCGAUGGAUGACCCUUACAGCAAGUGGCAGUGCCGGAUAAUGUACUACUGGUACAAGAAGAUGAAGGACAUGGAGGGGUCAGAGAUGGGAGGGUUCACAAGGGUGUUGCAUUCAGGAAGAGCUGAUGAUCUGAUGGAGGAGAUCCCUACUUUUGUUGCCAAUCCCCUCCCGGCCCAUGCGGAUCGGGGUUACAUUGUCUUGAACAGGCCUUGGGCUUUUGUUCAAUGGUUGGAAAAAGCAAAGAUUGAGGAAGAGUAUAUACUAAUGGCUGAACCUGAUCACAUCUUUGUGAAACCUUUGCCAAACUUGUCUCGUGGAAACUACCCAGCGGCAUUCUCAUUCUUCUACAUUAGACCAUCGAAAAAUGAAAGGAUAAUAAGGAAGUUCUAUCCAGAAGAAAAGGGUCCAGUGCUACAUGUUGACCCAAUCGGCAAUUCUCCUGUAAUUAUUAAAAAGUCUCUGCUGGAGCAAAUUGCUCCCACUUGGAUGAAUGUCUCUAUAAAUAUGAAAGACGAUCCGGAGGCAGACAAUACUUUUGGAUGGGUUUUAGAGAUGUAUGGAUAUGCUGUUGCCAGUGCAUUGCAUGGAGUGCAACAUAUUCUACGUAAAGAUUUUAUGAUACAGCCUCCUUUUGACUUAAUGGUGGGAAAGGCAUACAUCAUCCACUAUACUUAUGGAUGCGACUAUACAUUAAAGGGUGAACUAACUUAUGGAACAGUUGGGGAAUGGCGAUUUGAUAAAAGAGCAUAUCUUCAUGGCCCACCACCAAGAAACCUUUCCUUACCCCCCCCAGGAGUUCCUGAAAGUGUGGUUACACUGGUACAGAAGGUGAAUGAGGCUACAGCUAACAUUCCUGGGUGGGAUAGUGGAAGGUAGCGGUAAUCUGAGAGAUGUGUAGUUUUGGGAAGCAGCAGUUUUGACAGAUUAGAUCAAAUAGAGAAGCAUUAAAAGAGAUUACAUGCAGAUUACAGGUUAAAUGUUUUGUUCACAGAAGAUGAAAGUGAGAAUUUGAAUCUUCCAUCCAUUGUUUCAAAAUAAGGAACUUUCUUAUCAAAUAAAGAG